UGCUCGGUGAUCCUUUAAAAACUCUAGAACAAGCCCGGAGUACUUUUUUUUUCUCUCCAGCCAAGCAUCCAAUUGCCAAUCACAUACAUGUUACGGUCUUCAUUUGAACGAAACUAUUGAAAAAAGACAGAAAAAAGCCACGCAGCCAUGCAGUGUUAAAUGUUUGCGACUCAAACGCGUCGACACUCGCGUACAAAGAGAGAGGAACUGGAGACGCACGCGUUCCUUCCUGCGUCUGUGCGCGCGAGGCGAAAACGCGUCAAUUCAAAAAAAUAAAUCGGCGCUCCCGAACCCUUUUCUUUGCUUUUGAAGAAUUAAAUAAAGAAAUCAAGCUGGCUCACGCUGUCUCGAACCCGACCACUUUGACAGCUGCUCUUCACCCCCUUUGGAGGACUGUCAACAGCAAAAGGAUGGCAUCAGAACUGGCAAUGAGCAGCUCCGACCUGCCCACCAGUCCCCUGGCCAUGGAAUAUGUUAAUGACUUCGAUCUGAUGAAGUUUGAAGUGAAAAAGGAGCCGGUGGAGCCCGAUCGCAGCAUCAGCCAGUGCAGCCGCCUGAUCGCCGGGGGAUCCCUGUCUUCCACCCCGAUGAGCACGCCUUGCAGCUCGGUUCCCCCUUCCCCAAGCUUCUCGGCGCCCAGCCCGGGCUCCGGGAGCGAGCAGAAGGCGCACCUGGAGGAUUUUUACUGGAUGACCGGCUACCAACAGCAGCUCAACCCGGAGGCUUUGGGCUUCAGCCCCGAGGACGCAGUGGAGGCGCUGAUCAACAGCAGUCACCAGCUCCAGAGCUUCGACGGCUAUGCUAGAGGGCAGCAGUUUACCAGCGCAGCCGGGGCGGGAGGCGCCAUGGCCGGCGAGGAGAUGGGCUCCGCCGCCGCGGUGGUCUCCGCGGUCAUCGCGGCCGCCGCAGCCCAGAACGGGGCGCCCCACCACCACCACCAUCACCACCACCACCCGGGCGGCCACCAUCCGACGCCCGGGGUGCAGUCCGGCGGCAACUCCGCCGGCCACCAGCACAUGCACCUGGACGACCGCUUCUCGGACGAGCAGCUGGUGACCAUGUCCGUGCGGGAGCUCAACCGACAGCUCCGGGGGGUCAGCAAGGAGGAGGUCAUCCGGCUCAAACAGAAGAGGAGAACCCUCAAAAACAGAGGCUACGCGCAGUCGUGCCGCUACAAGCGGGUCCAGCAGAGGCACGUCCUGGAGGGCGAGAAGAACCAGCUCAUGCAGCAGGUGGACCACCUCAAGCAGGAGAUCUCCAGACUGGUCCGCGAGAGAGACGCGUACAAAGAAAAAUACGAGAAGCUCAUCAGCAGCGGCUUCAGAGAAAACGGAUCCAGCAGCGACAACAACCCGUCGUCCCCGGAGUUUUUCAUGUGAGUUUACCGGCACUUAAUAGAGCAGCAGCGAUGUGCAAAAGUUUCGUACGCGCUUUAUUCUCUCGUUGUGUUGGAUUGGGCGCGGCGGGGCAGACCUCUCACACUUUUAUUUAUUUUUUAUUUUUAUUUUUAUUUUUUUGCAAAACCUAGAUAAAUUUAACCCAGUAAUGAAGAAAUCGAGCAUUAGCGUUUAGCCUACAUAACUUUUGCUCUCCGCUUCUGGACAAUACUAAUAGGACUUUUCCAUCGCCGAGUUCUUUUCAUUUUGUCUCUUCUUUUCAAACUGUAACAUGUGAACGUACUUUCAUUCGAUAUUUCCCCAUGUUGUCCUAUGCCUCGUGUUGCGUAACUUUUAAGUUCGCAUUUUUGCAAAGUUCAAGUGACACAUGCUGGUUACGUGAGUGCACUGUACAUUGAAAGCAUGGAGAAGUGUUUGAACCCAUGACAGACUCAUUUCCUUCAUAGGCUGAGCGAGAUUGACUUUGUGUCUCAUCCAAACUACAUCACAUCUUGUGUUGUUGUGAAGAACUCAUUCAAUAAUGUAUUUAUUUGUCUAUCGGACGCGAUAUAUGUGUCGACCCCACAUGCUGGUCAUGUUGGCUGACGAUGUUUUACCUUGUUUCUUUUACCUGAACUGAAGUGCUCCGACAUUACAUUCAUUUUCUCAUUGUCUGGUCUUCUACACUUUUUUGGGACUCUGAGCAAAAAAGUGACAUCUUUUCAUCCCUUACAUUGCCUUCAUGAAUCGACAAACUCCUGUCAUUUUUGUACAGCAAUUAUAGUAAUGAAACAUAUGUUUGGGCACGAAGAGUGAUUCUGUAUGAUUAUCCUUUUUCUUUUCGGACGAAGAGACUUUAUUAAACCCCUGAAACAACUGUAACUUAUCUCAGUGUGAUACACUUAAGACUGUGAAAGAUUUUCAAUUUGACAAACAUGUCACUCCACAUAAAAUAUGGUCAAAUGAGCGAUUUCGGACUGUUCAAUCCACUAAAGUGUUUAUAAAUUAUUCUCAUUAAAGAGAAGAAUAUUGUAUCAAUGAAGAGCAUGCGCUCGAAAUAUUGCACUCAAAGGAUUUGCAUCUAAAUAUAAAUCUAAUUGUUACAUAGCAGAAUAUUGAAAUAUUUCGCAGCUCGCUGCUUUAAAAUAUUUACUUGCAUCAGGUGGGAAAUUAAACCUUUCGGAAAACGUAAUAGUUCCAGCUUGUGUAACACAUACAGGGAUACAUCGUUUUAAUAUUUGAUAUCGAUUAAUUGACAGAUAAUGACUGUACAAACUGCAGCAGUAUGUAGUUCAUCAAUAAAUG